AUUAACUUUCGUGGGCCUUACUCUCUGUUUAUGAUGUGGCCCAAAGUACAAAUGAUGGGUCGCUGCUCGGUGACGUGGCUCGCUCCUGGGUUCCGUUUCCACCCGAAGGACGAGGAGCUCGUUCGCUACCAAACCCUUUUAAGUUCGACGCUAUCUCCGUCACAAAUCCGAGCCCUCGGAUCUUCCAGGUUAUUUUUUUCUUUAUUAAUUCUCCCUCGAAUUGGUUACAAUGAUCUUGUUUUGAUUUGAUUGAUUUUGAGUUUGUUUUGGGGAUUAUAAUGGUUCGAGGGCCGUGUGGAUGAAGAAGACCCUUUUGUUUAUCACAGGGAUCGAGCUCCUCGUGGUGAAUGAACCAACUAGGUUAUGCAUAAGUGAGAAUCGCCUUACUGAUGAAGAGUUGAAGAUUGCUGGUGUGCCACAAGUAACAUCAAUUGGGGUUUCUUCUGAUGCGUUGGUGCUAUGUAGGAUAUUCCAGAAAAGCCGUGCAGGGCCUAAUAAUGGAGAGCAGUACGGUGCUCCUUAUCUUGAAGAGGAGUGGGAAGAGGAUAAGAUUACAUUUGUACCCGAACAAGAUGCUCUCUGUGAAGGAUUGGUUGUUGAUGAUGAUAAAGACAAGUCAACCAUUUCACUCGUGGGAAUGGUCAAGAGACUGGAACUGGGACUUUAUUGGACAAUUCUCAUUGUCAGUUCAUCCCUUAAUCAUUGGUGUUACUGGACUUUUGCUUCUUGAGAGGUAUAAGAUUUUACUUAAAAAUGUUCUUUCUUUUUGAUAGUGUUGUUGCAAAUCGAGGAUAAAUCUGAUCACUACAGGUACCAUCAGUUACCUCAGAUGGUAAUAACUUUUCUUUGUGGGGAAGUGGAGAGUGGUGGAUGCUUCAUGCAGCUCAGAGCAUGGCUAUUGGUACUGUGAUGGUUCGAUGGGUCUCAAAGCACUCGGAUCCAAUUAUGGCAACCGGCUGGUAGGUCUUGUGUGUACUCAGUUGGAGCGUGAAGUUGGUUGCAGUUGUUUGGGACUUGGGAGGCAAUCUAUUUUCUAUGGGUUAUUUGUCGACCCACUUGUAUUUGGUUUCUAGAGUAACUUGAGCUCAUGGGAGAGGACAACAGUACCUAGGUGAUCGAUAUACAUACUAUCUGUACCUGUCUAUAGAGACAUUUUGUAGGUCUUCCUUGAAAAUUCUUCAGGCUUGCCUGCCUUGACAAUAUAGUUCAUUAUUGUAUUUUGCAUGUGUUCAUAUCAGACAAUUAUUUUCGGUGAA